UCUGUGUUUGAGAUAUAUGCGGGUAAAGGGUUCUUUUCAAUACACAGAAAAAGUGCUUAACUUUUAAGCACAGGAUUUUUUUACAGUGAAAAACACAAUGUUUUUUGUCGAGUUUUCAAAAUUUCUUGGUCUGUUCAUUCUUUUUGCUGUUUUUCAAGAACCAGCUUUAGCCAUCAAAAAGUCUUAUAUUGUGUACUUGGGAGGACAUUCACAUGGCACGGGAGUAACUUCUGAUCAACUCAAUAAGGUUGCAGACUCUCACCAUGAAUUACUUCGUAAAAUCAUAGGAAGUAAAGAGAAGGUGGAGGAUACGAUAUUUUACUCGUAUAACAAACAUAUCAAUGGUUUUGCUGCAAUGCUAGAAGAGGAGGAGGCAGCAAAGAUUGCAAAACAUCCAGAUGUAGUAUCAAUUUUCCCCAAUCGAGGAAGAAAUCUGCACACAACCCAUUCAUGGGAUUUUCUUAUGCUGGAAAGGAAUGGUGUGAUUCAUCCCUCUUCCAUAUGGAAGAAGGCCAGAUUCGGAGAAGAUAGCAUCAUUGCAAAUUUUGAUACUGGUGUUUGGCCUGAAUCAAAGAGCUUUAUGGAUAAUGAGUUAGGCCCCAUUCCAUCAAAGUGGAAAGGAAUCUGUCAGCACAACGAUGGAUUCACAUGCAAUAGGUAUCCUCUUUUUCUCCUUUCUGAUAAUACUAAUACUAAGUUAAUCGAUGAAUUUGAUUCUGCAAAAUUAGUUAUUCUUUUGCAUGCAGAAAAUGUCAUGUGAAUCUAUUCUCAAUGAUUAUGCCUUUUGUUCUUUUCA